CUUUCUUUUCCUCCAGUGCGAUCUCAGUACGGUCGCACAUGUCUAUCUGCCCCACAACAUCUAAAAUGCCGUCUAAGAUCCUGGCCGAAGCCGAAGACAGCAUACUCAUGGAGGACGUGGAGAACGGUCUGCAGCUGCUGAAGAAAAAGAAGAAGAAAUCAAAAGAAAAGCUGAUGGCAGAGGCAGAAGAGUGUGAUUCACCACCUCCUAAAAAGAGGAAGGCUGAGAAGAUGCUGAUCGAGUCUCCAGACAUGAACGAGAACACGGACACAAUCCAGAUGAAGGUGAAAAAGAAGAAAAAGACAAUUGUGGAGGACGUGAUGGGCAACGGAGUGACUGAUAAAACAUACAUACCAGCUGUAGUAGACACACCGGCACCGUCCAGCGAGGACUCAGACAGCGACCAGGACAAAGAAACACCAGAGCAAAAAGAAGGAGCCUUUUCCAACUUCAGGAUCUCCCAGAACACCAUCAACCUGCUGCAGGCCCGUGGUGUUACGUACCUCUUUGACAUUCAAGUGAAGACCUUUAACUCUGUGUAUGAUGGGAAAGAUCUCAUUGGUCAGGCGAGAACCGGCACAGGAAAGACCUUUUCGUUCGCUAUUCCUCUGGUGGAAAAGCUGCAGUCGGAAACGGACGACAGGAAAAGAGGCCGAUGCCCGAAGGUGUUGGUUCUGGCACCGACUCGUGAGCUCGCCAUUCAGGUGGCCAAAGACUUCAAAGACAUCACCCGGAAACUGUCUGUUACAUGCUUCUAUGGAGGAAGUUCAUACAACCCACAAAUCGACGCCAUCCGCAAUGGCAUCGACAUACUGGUGGGAACGCCGGGUCGAAUCAGAGACCAUCUGCAGAAUAACAAGCUGGAUCUGUCUCAGCUCAAACACGUGGUGCUGGACGAGGUGGACCAGAUGCUGGACAUGGGCUUUGCUGAGCAGGUGGAGGAGAUCCUCUCUGUGUCUUACAAGAAAGAUGCCGUGGAGAAACCACAGACGCUGCUGUUCUCAGCGACGUGUCCUUCCUGGGUUUAUGACGUGGCUAAGAAAUACAUGCGCUCUCAGUUCAUCCAUGUGGAUCUGAUCGGGAAAAAGACCCAGAGAGCCGCCACCACAGUCGAGCACUUGGCGAUCACGAGUCACUGGUCUCAGCGGGCGUCCGUCAUCGGUGACGUCAUUCAGGUGUACAGCGGCAGCCACGGCCGGACCAUCGUCUUCUGCGAGACCAAGAAAGAGGCCACUGAGCUCUCCAUGAACUCAUCCAUCAAACAGAACGCGCAGGUGCUGCACGGAGACAUUCCUCAGAAACAGAGAGAGAUCACUCUCAAGGGCUUCAGGAACGGCACAUUUGAGGUGUUGGUGGCCACCAACGUGGCGGCCCGCGGCCUGGACAUCCCAGAGGUGGACCUGGUCAUUCAGUGCUCUCCUCCAAACGAUGUGGAAUCAUAUAUCCACCGAUCCGGAAGGACUGGCAGAGCCGGAAGAACAGGCAUUUGCAUUUGUUUCUACCAGCGCAAGGAGGAGAACCAGCUCAAGUUUGUGGAGCAUAAAGCGGGAAUCACCUUCAAACGGGUCGGGGUCCCAACAGCGAACGACAUCAUCCAGUCCUCCAGUAAAGAUGCCAUGAGGUUUUUGGACUUAGUUCCAGCAGAGGCGGUGGGUUAUUUCCGUGAGGCCGCGAACGAACUGAUCGAGAAGCGCGGGGCGGUGGAGGCGCUGGCGGCGGCUCUCGCUCACAUAUCGGGAGCCACCACCCUGGAGCAGAGAUCUCUCAUCAGCUCAGAAGCUGGAUUCACCACAAUGAUACUGAACUGCUCUCAAGAAAUGCACAACAUAGGUUACGCCUGGCGCGGACUGAAGGAGCAGCUCGGGGAGGAAAUUGAUGAGCACAUCAAACGAAUGACCUUCCUCAAGGGCAAGAUGGGUGUGUGUUUCGACAUCCCCAUCAACAAAGUGAAAGAGAUCCAGGACCAAUGGCAGGACGGCCGCCGCUGGCAGCUGAGCGUGGCCACAGAGCUCCCCGAGCUGGAGCAGAGCAUGCGUCAGAGCGGCGAGCGCACGUCCGGCGGAUUCGGGGGCCGCGGCGGUGGACGAGGACGCCGCUCAUUUGGCUUCAAAGGCAAUAACAGUUCCGGUGGCAGAAGAGGACAAGGAGGCGCUCAGAAACGCAACUUCAGACAGACCUUUGAUUACUGAUCGUGGACUCUGUGUUGGUCUGUUGGACUGUUGUGUUUUUACUGCCGUUUCCUUCUGCUCUUGGGCAUUAGGAAACUAAAUAUGAUUGCUUUUACUUGCAGUUAUGUUAUUUAUAUAACCUGUCCCACUGAUAUUAAAGUGGUCGUUAAACUGC